CAUAAUACACGGUACCUUUCACUUGUUACUCGUAUUAUCAUCCCGGUUGAAUAAAAAAUUUGAAGGAAAGGGAAGAGGAAAUAUUGAGGUCCUGACGUAUGUCUGGUAGAAAGUGGAUAGUUCAGUUGAGAUUGAGCUCGUGGUGAAUGACCUAGUCGAUUUUCCUCUGGAGUUUAUUUGUCAUGCACAAUCUCCCGGCAAAGUGCAAAUCAAUAUCUAACAUAAUCGAUAAUUGAUUAUUACCGAAAUGAUUGGAUAAAGGAGAUCAGGAGUUCAGGGCAGCAGGAGAUCAGAUCAUCGUCGAAUCUGGAGAACAGGAAAUAGAGGACAGAUCGAGAUUAUUUCAGGAAAUCGUUGUCAUCCAUGAUUUUUUCCUUCCGCUUGAUAAUUAGCGCUUAAUUAGGGGAAUGAUUUUGUAGAGUUGUUGAGACAUUUUUGAAUCGUCAGUUGAAAUAUUCGGAGAGAAUGUGUUCUGGCACGUUGAGGGGCCCCAAACAGGCCGGACCGUUAGGAGAAAAUAAAAAAAUGGUACCAGUGGUUUUCUACUCAUUGAUUCUCGAUCUACUCGCUUUUACAAUGAUCUUGCCACUGCUACCAGCUCUUCUGGAUCAUUACAAAUAUCAUGAUGACGGUGGGUUGUAUUCAUGGAUUUUAAGAGGUAUCGACAGGGUGCAGAUUCGGCUCAAUGCACCCGAUAGAUUCACCUCUGUUCUAUUCGGGGGAUUCAUUGGAUCGAUGUACUCGUUCCUCCAAUUUCUCAGCAUGCCCAUCGUCGGUGCCCUCUCAGAUAUCUACGGAAGGAGAAUAAUGAUGCUGCUGUGCCUGACAGGUGUCACAGCCUCGUACCUCCUCUGGGCCCUGUCCCACAAUUUCAUGAUUUUUGUCAUUGCGAGGCUGGUGGGAGGCAUCAGCAAGGGAAAUAUAUCCUUAUCGAUGGCUAUCAUAACAGAUGCAACAUUACCAAGCAAACGAGGAAGAUCUAUGGCACUCGUGGGAAUCGCAUUCUCUAUAGGAUUCGUAUUGGGCCCCAUAAUAGGCGUUCUGUUCUCCAGGAUAUCGAGUGGAUCGAGGGACGACCACUGGUACGUCUAUCCCGCCCUUUUUGCCUUCUCUCUUUCUCUGGUGAAUCUACUGUACGUCGGCCUCUCCCUCGAGGAGACUCUGGAAGUUGAUAAAAGAUCCAAGUCCCUGGCUAGGGGACUCUCUGGGACUAUUAUGUACAUUAAUCCCGUGGAUCUUUUCCAGUUCAAUGGCGUUAAUGGACUCGCAACUGAUGAUUUGAGGCGCCUCAGAACACUCGGACGCUCUUAUUUUUUAUAUCUAUUCAUAUACAGCGGCCUGGAAUUCACUUUAACUUUUUUAACUCAUCAUGCUUUUGGAUUCACCAGUAUGCAGCAGGGAUACAUGUUCCUGGUGAUAGGCUCGACGAUGGCAACUCUUCAGGGCGGUUUUGUCAGGCGAAUUCCCGCGGAUAAAACAAAAUUUUUCGCUGAAUUUGGCCUCUGGCUGAUAAUUCCCGCUUUCGUUUUCAUCGGGAUUGCGGGGAAUGUCGGUGUCCUCUACGUUGGAAUAUUUAUUUUCUCAGUGUCAACGGCAAUGGCUGUUACGUGCUUGUCGACAUUGGUAACGCGAAUUGGCCCUGAGCAUCAGAAGGGCACAAUCACCGGAAUAUUUAGGUCACUGGGAGCACUAGCACGUGCCAGUGGACCAAUAAUUGCGUCCAUAGCCUUCUGGAGCAUUGGAAGUACCGUAACGUAUUUAAUCGGAGCUGUGGUACUUGCUGUACCUCCAUUGAUACUUCACACUGUUAAUAAUGAAAAUGAUAAGAAGAAAAGUUGAUGAGAUUAUUAUUAGUAUUAGGGACGAGUGUUCCCUCGAGUUUUUAAACAAAAAAACGGAACAGUUCAGUAUUUUUUUUUCAUUAU